GGAUGCGGGGGACCAGAGGGCUCGCGGUUUGUUUGGGUUGUGGGCGGUGCGCGCACAGCCCGGGAAAAGCGGGAAAUGGCGGCGCCGAGCGCAGGCCCCCGGUCCGCCCUCCCGCAAAAGGGGCUGGUGACCGCUGAUAGGGGGCGCAGGAUACUGGGAGUGUAUGGCAUGCAUCCUGACCAUCAGGAAGCUCUCAAAAAGAACCGAGUGGUGCUGGCCAAACAGCUGUUGCUGAGCGAACUGUUAGAACAUCUCCUGGAGAAGGACAUUAUCACCUUGGAAAUGAGGGAGCACAUUCAGGCCAAGGUGUGCAGUUUCAGCCAGAAUGUGGAACUCCUCAACUUGCUGCCCAAGAGGGGCCCCCAGGCUUUUGAUGCCUUCUGUGUGGCCCUGAGGGAGACCAAGCAGGGUCACCUGGAGGACCUGUUGCUCACAACCCUGGCUGGUCUUCAGCACAUACCCCCACCGGUAUGGAGCCCUAGACACGUGUUGCGCUGCGACUACCACUUGCGUCUCCCUUUCCCGGUGUGUGAGUCCUGCCCCCCCCGCAAGCAGCGCCGCCUGUCCCCAGAUACAGUGGAACACUCCCUAGACCAUGGAGAUGGGCCUCCCAGCCUUCAGGUGAAGUCUUGCACUCCUGAGUUUUAUCAAGCGCACUACCAGCUGGCCUAUAGGUUGCAGUCUCGGCCUCGUGGCCUGGCACUGGUGCUGAGCAACGUGCACUUCACUGGCGAGAAAGACUUGGAAUUCCGCUCUGGAGGGGAUGUGGACCACAGCACUCUAGUCACCCUCUUCAAGCUCUUGGGCUACAAAGUUCAUGUUCUUCUUGACCAGACUGCACAGGAAAUGCAAGAGAAGCUCCGGGAUUUUGCCCAGCUACCCGCUCACCGUGUCAUGGACUCCUGCAUAGUGGCACUCCUCUCCCACGGCAUGGAGGGCGGUGUCUAUGGCGUGGACGGCACGCUGCUUCAGCUACAAGAGGUUUUCCGGCUGUUUGACAAUGCCAACUGCCCGAGCCUACAGAACAAACCGAAAAUGUUCUUCAUCCAGGCCUGCCGUGGAGAUGAGACGGAUCGUGGGGUCGACCAGCAAGACGGGAAGAACCAUGAGCGAUCCCCCGAGUGCGAGGAGAGCGAUGCCAGUAAAGAGGAGGGGCUGAAGAUGCGACUGCCCACUCGCUCGGACAUGAUUUGUGGCUACGCCUGCCUCAGAGGGACCGCUGCCAUGCGCAACACCAAGCGGGGCUCCUGGUACGUGGAGGCCCUCACUCAGGUGUUCUGUGAGAGGGCGUGUGACAAGCAUGUGGCCGACAUGCUCGUGGAGGUGAACGCGCUCAUCAAGGAGCGUGAAGGCUACGCCCCGGGCACGGAGUUCCACCGAUGCAAGGAGAUGUCCGAGUACUGUAGCACUCUGUGCCGCCACCUCUAUCUCUUCCCGGGACACCCUCCCACGUGAUGCCACCUCCCAUCACCUGGGCCACAUGGAGGCCGCUGGACCACGGGAGGUGUGAUAGAGCCUCCUGUCUCUAGGACGCACGGUUUCUGUCCCUCCCCCUCAGGGAUUGGGAAUAUCCCAGGCUCAUUUCACACGCCCAUCGUCUCCAUCUUUCACCUGGGACUACAGGCCGGCUACUCCCAUGGGAGGCUCUCUCCCUGUGGAACCAGCUCCGGCUGGACUUGUUGCCUGGAGCGUUUGGCCUCAGUUGAGGGACCUGGCAAGUGAUGUUACGAACAUAGUGUCUCGAUGGGUGGGGAGAGGACGUGUGGGUUUCCUCCAUGUUGUGUUCAGUUUCUGCCCCCAGGGCUCUUGUAGGAAGCGUUUGGUGAUUGCUUUUAUUACUUUAGUUGAGAUGUCUCAGAGGUCAUCUCCCAUCUUUUCUGUCACAUCCCAGCCCCAUUUGUCUCAGAGUGAGUUUGGAAGGUGUCCUGGUUUAACAUAGACCUUUUUCAUUUGGUUUCAAAAGGCCAAGCAGGACAGCAGUCACUCUCUGCUGCUGUGGGUGGGCCCGUACCUGUGCAUUCAUUCCCUUUGGUUCCAGAAUGUCACCCCCCGGAAGGACUGUCUUCUCAACUCCACUCUUGGCUCCUUGGGGCUCAGGGAAUCCAGCGUUCAGCAGAGGUUAGGGUUUGGAUGCCUUGUAUCUGUUGCCUGUUGAUCUUUGCCCACGGAAGUUUCAAAGAUCUUUUAAUUGGUUGUCCUUUCUCCGAGCUUUGUACCUGAAAUGAGCCCUGCAGGGAGUGUCAACAGAGGCAGAUAAGAGUGGUAUGCUUGUUCAUACUCUGUAAUCUGUCACCUUAUCCUCGUUUUUCUUCCUAUGAAGUGUCCCCUCUAUAAAAGCUUCCUAGUUAUCUCCCUGCUUCCUGUUUCUCCCCUCUUCACCUUCGUCUCAUCCUGUUUACUGCUGCCACCAGCUCUGUCUAAAAUACUGCUUAAUUGGAUCAUUUGGCUGCUCAAGGAUGUGAUGUAGUACCUUGUUCCCUCUUUCUGCUUCAGUAUUAAA